UCAAAUCAGGGUGGUUGAGAAAUGUAUGAGUGAAUUUUUAGACAUUAUACAUGUAUUGUAUGAAAGAUAAAAUUAUUGAAGAAUGUUCUUCCAAAAAAUAGCUCCUAAGUCGUUUUUAGGAAAAUUCACAUUGCAGAAAGGUUCACUGAUUGUCGGUUCUAUUACGUUGAUCAUUAGUGUAAUCUGUGUGAUAAGCAUUGCGGUGGAGAUCCUCUACUACAAGGAGUGCAAGGGAUGCACCUCGCUGGUGAUGCACAAUGCAUACAGCUUCAGUAUCAACGCCGCCAUCUACUGCCUAUUCAUGUUCUUCGUCAACCUCUGGUUUAUUUGGGGGGUUAGAAAUCACAAAUCAUCAGUGGUGCUGAGCUGGGUGGUGGUGACGGGGUUAUGGUGGGGCCAGUCCUUGGUGCUGGUGUUCGUGCUGCUGUGCAUGUACAUCACGGACACCAGCCUCGGCUGGAUGAUCGCCCUCGCCGGGGCUCUAUUAGCUUACGUGAUAAUGGCUUACUUCAUAUUAGUCGCAUAUGGCUACUGGCUUACAAUUAGAAAAAUAACUGUCGUGCCACCUGUUACAACUGUGGAAUAGAAAAUAUACGAAAAUUGAAGCAAAAAGGACUGAAGAUAAUGAAAUAUGCCUGAAGAUGUUAAUGUAUCAUUAUUUAAUUUAAUUUAUGCUAAUGCCAAUACUUAAAAAUGAUUGAAUGGUAGGUACGAAAAGUUUUUUCAAUUACCUCUAUUCAGGAA